UACAUCUACAUUAUAUGUGUACUAUUUCAUAUAAGUACAUCAAGUGGUUUUAAUAUUGCAACGAAUUAUCCUAUAAUAUACGAAAAUCCAGGAAAUAACAGUAAUUAUUUUGGCUACUCUGUAGCAACCUACCGAGUACAACAAGAUUCUCCGGGGCGAUUAUAUGUGGGAAGUCCAAAUUCAUUACAAUUGAAAGAUACAGGAACUGUAUAUCAAUGUGUCUUAAUAAAUAAAUGUGUAGAAGAAGACUUGUUGGCAAAUGCCGCUUACAAAAAAGGAUUUAUUGGUGGAAACGUUGAAAUAGACUAUAAAACAAAUAUUCUCUUUGUGACGGCCCAUCAUGCAAUUGUCGAUUCUAUGAUGAAAGGUGCAAUUUUUAUGAAAGAUAUCAAUUCGAAUUUCGUCACCAUAAAUGUUCCACUUAAAAAUAGUCAGCCGACUGAAAUUCAUCAACAGGCGCGCAUUGCUCGCUCAAAAGUAGCACAAGCUGGUUUUUCCAUACAUGUUUCGAAUGAGUCAAAUCAAGUUAUAAUUGGAUGUCCCGGUUAUAAACAGUGGGAUGGCAUGGCCGUUAAAUUCAAAUAUCAAAAUAAGAAGAAAAGUAUUAAUUUUGACCGACCGAUCAUCCCGGAACUAAAUAAUGUUUUAGAAUAUAGAUUAUAUGGAUAUGAUGUCUCCUCAGGAUAUAUAUACAAUAAAAAUAAAAUGUCUUAUGUACUAACUAGUCCCAGAGCAAAGGAUAAGGGAAAGGUUGUUAUAUUCGAAUUUCCCAAAGCAUCAGACAAUUAUAUAAAUAAAUUAGAAAUACUGGAUGGUGAGGUGAUUGGAGGGGCCUUUGGGUAUUCCGUAACUGUAGGAGACAUCAAUAACGAUGGAUUGGAUGACUUAAUUAUUGGAGCACCUUUUUGUAACAUGAAGAAAUUUAAUGAGGGAAAAGUUUACGUAUAUUUAGGCAGUGUAACCAAACAUGUGCUCAGAGGGCAAACUAUUGAGGGUGAGAAGAUAAAUGGGCAGUUAGGUCUUAAUGUUAUGUAUUUGGGAGACAUUAAUAACGAUAACUAUGGAGAUGUUGCCGUGGCUGCACCUUAUGAAGAUAAACACGGAGUAGUUUACAUAUUUAGAGGUGAAAGAUCUGGACUAAACAUCAAACCUAGUCAAAAAAUUGUUGCAAAAGACAUAUAUUCUCCUUUAACUGGUUUCGGGAUUGGCAUGUCGAAAGCCAUAGACCUUGAUGGAAAUUUAAUAGGAGAUUUGGCCAUAGGGGCCUACCAAUCAGGGCAUGUAGUGUUCCUCCCAGGUCGACGUGUCGUGGUAAUAACUGCAGGGUUAGAGCAGCUUACUAAACUCGAAAGCACUUCAGAAACUUUAAUAAUUAGAGUUAAGUUUAAGUUUGAAAACUACUCCUCGAUCGACCCACUUCCUAGAAUUAUUAACACUUGGUCUGUUGAUGAAAAGUUUUCUAGAGCUGAAAUGAUUGAUAAUCUACCAAUCAUACAAAACUGGACAUUGGGAGAAUUCGAACAAAAUAUCACAUUCAAAUUAAAGCCUACUACAAAUCUCAUAGAUCCUUUGGAGAUUACCUUGGACUACGAAAUGAUCGACGAAGAAAAAAAUAAAAGUGAUCCUACAAUAGUAUCAGCGCAGAAACAGUUUCAACCAGAUAAUACAUUUUGUGCUAAAUGUCCAGUUCUUGAUAAGGAACGAUCGAGUGGACCUCAAAAAUUGUUAAUUAAUUACGAAAACGGGUGUGGCAACAACGCAGUGUGUAAAUCGAAAUUGUCACUGGACAUUGAAACUGAAGGACUUGAGAAGAACAAACACAUUGUAGGAGGCCGAAAGUACAUCCACUUAAAAGCAAUUAUAAAAAAUAGUCAAGAAAAUGCCUUUGCAACCACCUUAGAGAUGAGUUCAGAAGAAAUAUUAAAGUUUAGAAAAAUACCAGGAAAUUGUGAGAAAAAUCACACAAGUCUUGCAAUUAUGUGCAAUGUGAAAAAUCCUCUCAGACAGAACGAAAAGACAACAAUUUAUUUCGAGUUAUAUUUAGAAGACUUGCAUGUUGACGAACUUAUUAUAAAUAUGAAACUAAAAACAAAAAGUGAGAACGUAGAUGGUGACAUAGAAAAAUCUUUAAAUAUUAAAUUUAUACAACAAGCUGAUGUAUAUAUUACUGGAUACUCGGAAGAAAAAACUUAUUCCUUUGGAAAUGAAACGACAAACUUGCGACAAAUUUUUGAAAUUGAAAAAACUGGACAAACCCCACUAGAAAGUAUCAUCGUACACAUAACUGUUCCCUAUGCGAUACAACUAAAAGAAAAAAUGGUAUUUUUAAACAAUAGAAUAAUGAUGUCCAAUAAAUUACUCGAUUGUGCAAAUGGAACGGAGAAUGAAUUUAGUCCUGAAAUACGAAAUAGAAAUAGUAGAAGCACAAAAUUAACCAAUCAGAUUUUAACAGACUCUGAAGCACAAAACAUAAGUUACAAUGGACCCAAUAUAUAUUCACAAACAUACAGUUGUAAUGUGGGAGGCUUAGAUUCAGAAAAUAAAAAACGGACUGUUACGUUAGAAUUAAUUCUUGAUCACCUGAAACUAAUCGAUCACUUGAGUAACCUGAAAAUAUUAACACUCACAACCCACGCCCAGGUUUCAAUAGAAAAACCUUCAAAUUUUGAACAAACUGGUGAUAGGCCUGAUGAAACUGAAGUUGUUACUACAAUUAUAAACAAUACCCAAGUGAUCCCAAUAUGGAUAUUCAUUAUUAGCGCAAUAUUGGGAUUAAUAUUGUUCUGUCUUCUAGUUUAUGGACUUAAAAAAGCCGGCUUCUUUAAGAGGACGAAGAAGGAGGAAUUAAAUAAAUUAAAAGCAAGAACAAGCGGGGAAAUGGAAGACGUAGACGAAAUGUUGGAAGGAGAUGAUUCUGUAUUCUUCGAAAAUGCCAUGGAAACAAAAGAGGACAAUUAGCUUGUGUGCUACAUAUAAUAUUUAUAUCUGAUUACUUAAAUACAUUUAA